UCCCCGCAAGACCUCCGGCGGCACGCCAAACGUCAUUGUGUUGCAUCAUCUCAACGAGCAGACGACUUAUCGACUGGCAAGCCUCAAAUCACGUUCAGAUUAUAUUUGCCUGACCAUACUAGCAAUUGAACCAGCCUAUCUCCAGAUUCAUUCGCCAUCCAACAAUGGACCACACACGCGCCGUUCGACCACCUCCAGGCGCCCGUCGCAACCUAUUCCAGGGCACACGAAGACAAAACCCAACCGCGGUCCGUCCAGACACAGCCAUGAUAUUCCAGCAACCUAUGGAGGGCGAGAUGGUCGAGCGGAAUGCGGACGGCGACUACGCAUUGUUUGCGCCGCAAACAGUCUACAAGCACAUGGCGCUGGGGCUGAGCGAUGGGAGGGAGAGUGAUGAGGAGACUGCGCAUGAGAAUCAGAUGAUUGAGCUGUAUGGGCAGAAGAAUGCACACUGGGACAAAGAGGCUGUCGAGGCAGAGGUCAAGGCUGCCCUCAAGUCAAGUCUGGCGAAGAAGAUUGCGAGUAUAGAGGAUGAUAGGUGGAUGUUUGAAGGCAACGUGGAAGGGCUGGGCAAAAAUUAGGUGUCGUGAGAGCGAGGGCGAUAUGGUAGUCUGUUUUACAAUACCCAUGCUGCAAUAGCAGUGUAGCUUAGCAUCUCUUAACCCCUAAUAUGGGUCGCACACAUCCCAUGGAGUUCUGACUGUCUUCUUUCUUUUAGGUCGACCCCAGAACCGUUACCCG